AUGGUUUCAGCCUCGGAGAAAUACUACAUCAAAGAUGCAAUCACCAAACCUGCCAUCCACCACGAGUCGUACCAGAAGUUGUGGGAAACAAAAUGGAAGGCACCUUGUGCGAUGGGAGUGUAUCCGUUCAUGUUCGGCAGCAUCAAAGACUUCGAGCCCGUGGCGGAACAGAUCAUCCAGAAAGGCCUGAAAGAACCCUACGACUGGGAUGAGUACGCAGAGAACUACUUUCCUAAAGCCGAGGAACUCGCCAAGAUCGCCGAAGACGCAGAGAAGGCGGGCGAGAAAGAAAAGGCCUCAGAAUACUAUCUUCGAAGCUCGGCCGUCUACCGCAUCUCCCGCUUCCCAACACCUCGGUCGCCAAAGCAAAAGGAGGCUUGGACGAAAGGCAAAGAAGUCUUUUACAAGGGCGCAGGACUCAUGGAGCACCCCAUUGUCGAGGUCAAGAUCCCUCACAAGCAUGCGAUCGAGGGCGAAGGCGACGCUGUCCCUGUCAACUUCCUCCUUCCACCCAACGCCUCUGCGCAGUCGCCUGUGCCAUGCGUCUUGAUCAUCACUGGGCUCGACGGCUAUCGCACUGAACUGGCGGUCUGGCAGCAAGGGUGGCUGUCGAAGGGCGUGGCAACUGUCAUCGCUGAGAUCCCUGGCACUGGCGACUCCCCCGCUCUCCGACAAGAUCCUACCAGCCCCGAUCGUCAAUGGUCCAGCGUCCUCGACUGGAUUGACACCCAAAAGGCGAUCGACAAUACCAAGGUCAUUGUCUGGGGCUUCUCAACAGGUGGCUACUAUGCUCUCAGGGUGGCCCACACACACAAAGACAGACUGUUCGCCAGUAUCAGCUUGGGUGGUGGUUGUCAUCAUAUGUUUGACCGAGAGUGGCUUGAACACGUCAACAAGCUCGAGUAUCCCUUCGACCUUGCGAGCACAUUCACGUACAAGUUCGGGUAUCCCGACCUCGAAUCGUUCAUCCAAGACGCCGGCAAGUUCUCGUUGUUGAACGACGGCACUCUCGAGAAGCCUUGCACCAAGAUGUUGUUGGUCAACGGUAAUGACGACGAGAUCUUCCCCAUCGACGACAUGUUUGUCGCCCUUGAGCACGGUGGCCCCAAGCUGGCCAGGAUGGUCAAGGGUAAGAAGCACAUGGGUGAACCCGACAGCUUCUUCAUCAUUCUGAAGUGGAUAUACGGCGUCCUCGGACUCGAAGGGAACAUCAUGGACCAGAUGAAAAUGUUGCCCUCUCGCACGAAGUAUUAA